UACACACACCCUUCCAGUUUUACAUCCACUGUAGAAAGCAGUGAGCUUGUCCGCUUUAAUUGUAAGUGUUUUGUUUUCUGUUUUGAGUGAAUAAGUUUCCCAAAUCAGUGGAUCGUAAUAGAACCGUCCACAAAAUGACACCAGUUAUAAACUAAAACCCCGAGCAACGAGAGUGUGAACCGCGAUGGCKUGACCUAAGUGCUUCUGUCUAAUUGUCGUGAAGUGUUGAGACGUUUUGAUUAUGGAGAGCAAUUCAGUGUCGCCCAUGCCGGACAUGGCGCCCAUGGCAGAAUUCGACAAAACCCCUCCGACGCCUCCAGAGGAUACUCUUCCGAUGGACGACCUACCGCCACCGCCGACUACAGUCACCGUCCAAGAAGAAAAGGAAAAGGAAGCACACCGGCACUACGAGGAAGAGAAUGAAUGGGGCUGCGGAAGCUGGCUAGAAUACGCCUUGGUGAUGAUUUUGGCCUGCAUACUCCUCCUAGCCUCGCUAGCUUUGACUCUAUACUGGGUGAUCAAACAUCGAGGAGGUUUCGCAUGGCGAGACGACCCCAUCAAACAGUUUAACUUUCAUCCGGUCCUCAUGGUGGCCGGCUUCAUUACAUUCAGUGGAUUCUCCAUUCUCUUGUACAGAAUAUGUCGGUGUUGUCGAAGAAUCUACGUCAAACUCCUCCACACCGUGUUUCACGCUUUAGCGAUUCCCUGCGUCGCCGUCGGUUUCUUGACGGUUUUGGAUUCACACAAUCUCGCCCAACCACCCAUCCCCAACUUCUAUUCCCUUCACAGCUGGAUUGGAUUGGUAACAAUGGGCCUGUUCGCUAUACAGUUCGUCGUGGGUUUCUUCAGUUUUCUCAUCCUAUUAUGUUGUGAAGGGGCGACUGCCGGUUUUCGAGCGUCUCUGGUUCCUAUCCAUGCUUCGUUCGGCCUAACGACGUUCAUGUUAGCCAUUGCGGCGUGUCUGACUGGACUUACUGAGAAAGUGUUCUUUUCGUUGUCGGAUGAUUACGUAAAGAGUCCGUUGGAAGCUGGGGAAGAAGGGAUAGUAGUGAACACUAUUGCGAUGGUGCUGGUGGCACUUGGUAUCUUAGUAUCUUUUGCUGUUCGUAGUCCGACACUUCGUGGUGAUACAAAGGUGUGUGUUACUGAGAGAUUGUAGGACAGUGCGCUUUCAAGCGCCAAAGUCUCGGAUGUGAACGCCUCUCAACAACCCGAACGUUUCUAACACCAACUAAAGGAUUCUCAAACAUGAUUUUGCAUGUGUAAAUUGUGUUUGUUUUGGUGUUCUAAUUCGGAUCAUUUUUUUCAUAAAAAAAUAUGCCAAAAUAGAAGUCAGCAUUACUAAAUAGCAUCGUAGUGUAGCUAAUCAUCGGGAGAUCGAACACAUCGCAUUGUGCUCCUUCUCUUGUUUUUAAUUUUCUCAUUAUCUUUAAAUAUUAACCAGUCUAUUAACAUUGUACAGAAACGAAAAUUUGUUAACACGAAAGCUCAAGACCCACUACAUGUAUUAUAAUCAAAUACUCAUAGCUGUGUGUGCUAUUCUAUUAAGACUAUAACUAUAAUAGAGCAUUUUAUAAAUAUUUAAGGAUUUGUUGAGAUAUUUAUAUUACGUUUUAUAGAAUAAUGUAGAAUGUUUGUUGUCGUAGCUCUGUUUCUAAAAGAAAACGAGAAGCAAUCUGUUUCCUGUUUCAUAACGUAACGAAAUUUGAUGUUCAGCUAAAUAAAUUAGAGGAAAUUAAAUUAAAUUAGUGUUCAAGAUUUGUAAAUGUUAACUUCCAAUUCCGUAUAAUAGAAAAAAGUACAAUUUCUUUAAUGGACCAAUAGGAAUUAUAAAACGCGUUCAUACAAUGAAAAUUUGUUGUUUCUUCUAUAUUUGUUAUAUUUAUAUUUUUAUUCCAGUUUAUUGAGUAAUAUCAUAGAAUUAAUAUAUGACUUGCAAGAUAAAGUAUGUGUACAAUUUAUUAUUUAUAAGUUUUAAUAAAUGUAUCAAAAUGAAA